UAGUGCUUUCAUUUCAUUCCAUUCAGAAACUGUUCUGUGCAGUUACAUUACAUUUCACUCAACAAGAAGAAGAUGAACAGUGGCAGCAGCAACUUGGAAACUCGUUCUCUUCUUGAUGAACUCAGUACCUUUAACAAAGGAGGUCUCUUCGACUUUGGCCACCCUCUUGUUAACCGCAUUGCUGAGAGUUUUGUCAAAGCCGCUGGUAUCGGAGUAGUUCAAGCUGUGUCACGUGAAGCCUAUUUCACUGCUAUUGAAGGUGCUGGGAUUGAUAAUAAUGGUGGCAUGCCUGCAGAAAUUUCUAGCACCAACAAAAACCGUUUACAUGGUCUUAGAGGAGAAACCAGCAGUAAAUCUAUUGAGGCAAUGGUAAAAAACACAGGAAAAGAGUCCUUCCAAUGGGGAUUGGCCGCAGGAUUAUACUCAGGAUUGACAUAUGGGAUGAAGGAAGCUCGUGGGGCACAUGACUGGAAAAAUAGUGCAGUUGCUGGAGCAAUAACUGGUGCAACACUUGCACUAACAUCAGAAGACUCGUCUCACGAACAGAUUGUGCAAUGUGCUAUUACUGGUGCAGCAAUUUCAACUGCUGCAAAUCUUCUAACAGGGAUAUUCUAAAUCUGUUGAGAAGAUUUAUAGCCUUUUUUAUAUCUGGUUUAUUUGUUACAAUUACUGCUGCUCUACUUGUUGUAACAAGGAUUUCCUUUUGAAUUUGUAGUUCUCUUUGUCAAAUACAUCUUUGUUGUCGUAGUUUA